GUCUGCGCACUAAGAUACUCAGUUCCAAGUUUGGAGCUUUUAGCUGCCAGCCCUGGCCCAUCAUGUAGCUGCAGCACAGCCUUCCCUAACGUUGCAACUGGAAGGAAAAUCACUUUCCAGUCUGUUUUGCAAGGUGUGCAUUUCCAUCUUGAUUCCCUGAAACUCCAUCUGCUGCAUCGGUCAAGAGAAACUCCACUUGCAUGAAGAUUGCACGCCUUCAGUUUGCAUCUUUGUUGCAAAACUAGCUACAGAAGAGAAGCAAGGCAAAGUCUUUUGUGCUUCCCCUCCCCCAUCAAAGGCAAAGGGGAAAAUGUCUCAGUCGAAAGGCAAGAAGAAAAAUCCUGGCCUUAAAAUUCCGAAAGAAGCAUUUGAGCAGCCUCAGACCAGUUCCACGCCUCCUCGAGACUUAGACUCCAAGGCUUGCAUUUCUAUUGGAAAUCAGAAUUUUGAGGUGAAGGCAGAUGACCUGGAGCCCAUCAUGGAGCUGGGGCGAGGUGCUUAUGGGGUGGUGGAGAAGAUGCGACACGUGCCCAGCGGGCAGAUCAUGGCAGUGAAGCGGAUCCGAGCCACUGUAAAUAGCCAGGAGCAGAAAAGGCUACUGAUGGAUUUGGAUGUUUCUAUGAGGACAGUGGACUGUCCAUUUACUGUUACCUUCUACGGCGCGCUCUUCCGAGAGGGUGAUGUUUGGAUUUGCAUGGAGCUCAUGGAUACAUCGCUAGAUAAAUUCUACAAGCAAGUUAUUGACAAGGGGCAGACGAUCCCAGAGGACAUUUUGGGAAAGAUAGCAGUAUCUAUUGUAAAAGCAUUAGAACAUUUGCACAGUAAGCUCUCUGUCAUUCAUCGAGACGUCAAGCCUUCUAAUGUGCUGAUUAACACUUUGGGCCAAGUGAAGAUGUGUGAUUUUGGAAUCAGUGGCUACCUGGUCGACUCUGUUGCAAAAACAAUUGAUGCAGGUUGCAAACCAUAUAUGGCCCCUGAAAGAAUAAAUCCAGAGCUCAACCAGAAGGGAUACAGUGUGAAGUCUGACAUUUGGAGUCUAGGCAUCACCAUGAUCGAGCUGGCAAUCCUCCGGUUUCCCUAUGAUUCAUGGGGAACUCCCUUUCAGCAGCUCAAACAGGUGGUUGAAGAGCCAUCACCGCAACUCCCAGCCGACAAGUUCUCCGCAGAGUUUGUUGACUUUACCUCACAGUGCUUGAAGAAGAAUUCCAAAGAACGGCCUACCUAUCCAGAGCUUAUGCAACAUCUAUUUUUCACCUUACACGAAUCCAAAGCAACAGAUGUGGCAUCUUUUGUAAAACUGAUUCUUGGAGACUAAAAAAGCAAUGGACUAAUUGGUUGACGCUGCUGCGGAUUGGUGGGUUUACAGGGGCGAAGCAAGUUCACUAAAGCGCAAUUGAAAGUCAUCUUUGAGAUAAUUGAACCUUGCCUCUUUGAGGGUUUUUUCUCCCUAGUUUCUUUCCUUUUUUUCCCCUCGUGAGGGGACCUUGGAAUCGAUAGCAUAGGAUGAACUCUCUCUAGAUGGAUGAAAUAUGACAACGGCUUAGGACUUAAAAAAAGGUGAUUAAUUAUUUAAUGAUGUGUCAUUGUAAGUCCUUAAGCUUCUCAGCUUUCUCCUGUUCUUUACAAAAAACGAAUGCAUUGUUGGCCCUGGCAAAAACAAAAACAAAAACCAAAAAGGUGCUACAGUAGUGAUGAAAUUGUAAGUAGAUGUGUAGUUUAUCCCACUUAUUAUUUUAAUAUUUAUGUUUAAGCGCUUGGUUGGAAAGAUACCAUUUUAUGCAAGAAAGGAGCUGCAAAAGAAGGAAAGGUUGGGUUGGCAAUAUUUAUAGGGCUUUUAUUUUUUAAGUUCAAUCAUGUUUGUGGUCCAGAAGAAAUUAUUUAAUAUGCAUCUUUAAGAAUAUUAUAAAAAAAAUCUCAAAAAAAAGGAGCUCUUUUUGUGAUGUGUCUAUUACAGUUGUAUCACAGCUUUGAAUGCUGCUCCCAAACUUC